AUGGUUGCAAUCGGGUCGCGUAUGUCUACUGGGACUCAGAACUCUGGCGGCCCGGGCAGCCGGCCGUCCAGUAAAGAUGGCAACAAGAAUAUAUGGUCUUCUAUGCUGGACAGUGUGGCCAGUGGAAAACGGUUACCAGAGAAAAAUAUGAUAGUUUUGGGAGGCACUCCGGAAAGUCAAAGAGAGUUCCUAGACACACUUUCUUCAGAUCCAUCAGAUCCGCAACUACCAGACGAAAGGAGAAAGGGGAAAGUGGCGCCUAUUGCAAAUGAGUUUGCCUUGGGUUACACAUAUCAAGAUGUCCUUGAUGCUGACCACGAAGAUAUCCUUGCACGCGUCUCAAUAUACCUUCUUUCCGACCCGUCGCCCUCAUUUGCACCUCUUUUACGCCCUCUCCUAACACCGCAAUCCGUUCCCGAAACGCUCAUCGUGAUAUUACUUGAUUGGUCUUCUCCCUGGACCUGGGUCCGGCAAUUGCGAGAAUGGGUUCGCCUCCUUCGGUCUGUUCUUAUAUCGUUGGAUGACCCAACUAAAAUAGUCAUGGAAGAAGUCAUGACAGAAUGGAAAGACAAAAAAAGGGGCCUAGAUCUUAACUCGACAACGGGUGUUACGAACUCUGGAGGCCCAGUGACAAUACCUCUGGGCCCAGGCGAGUGGGAUGAGGGUCUGGGAGUUCCUUUAUGUGUUGUUUGUCAUGGGGCAAACAAGAUAGAACAGCUAGAAAAAGAAAAUGGCUGGCGAGAGGAAGAAUUCGACUUUAUCCUUCAAUUUAUGAGGACUAUCCUUCUCAAACACGGCGCUUCAUUGAUUUACACAACACCUUUCCUCGCGAAUUCUCUACAAAGCCUAAUUCAUUCGACCUUGGGUAUACAUUCAUUAUUAAGAAGGCAGUCUCUCAAACACAAUGUCAUUGACCGUGACAAGGUUGUUGUACCAGCAAACUGGGAUUCUUGGGGUAAAAUUCGUAUCAUCCGGGAAGGAUUUGACAUUGAGGGCGUAGGCGACGCUUGGUCUAUCGAAAUUCAGGAACCAUUGGGCUUUUUGGUCAACGGCUCUGGAAGAGGCGAACUUACCGAAACAUCAGAUCAAGCCGCAAGCUCACCGGGUGAAGAUGGCACAAGUGCUGUCGCCAUAUAUGAGCAAGCGAUCAAAGACCCUAGGCAAGAUUCUGCAGUCCCGGGAAGCAGCACGCAUACGAAUAGAAGCAAAAUCGAAAUUGAUACGGAAGACAUGCAGAAGUUUUUGGGCCAACAGCUUACAAUAUUGGAUCAGCUCAAGGCGGAAGACGAGAAGGAUAGGGAGGCUAAGAAAGUGCCGAAGGCUCUCGAGAUGUCUCCAAACCUUGACGAAUCUGGACAUGUCAAUGAACACAUUGGACCUGUACAAUUUAACAUGGGUGGUAUUCAGGUUGAUGCUGACGACAUGCUAAGAAAACUCAAGGAGCGAGAGGCCAGUCGUAUGCCAAGGAAGGAGGUUAAUGCAUCCAGUGCACCAACAGAUGAAAAAGCCCAGAAUCAGGCAUUGGCUAGCUUCUUUGCUGGACUGGUCAAAAAGCCGGGUGGCAGUCCUCGCAGCAGCCCAGCACCUGGCUCGUCUAAUUAA